AUGGCUGACGCCCCUACACUAAGUGUGACAAUGCUGGGUGCCGGCCAGGAAGUCGGACGAUCUUGCUGUGUGUUGCAAUACCGUGGAAGAACGAUCGUUUGCGACACUGGUGUUCAUCCUGCUUACAAUGGAAUCGCGUCCCUUCCGUUCAUCGACGAGCUUGAUUGGAGCACUGUGGAUGCAAUCCUCAUUACUCACUUUCACCUAGACCACGCUGCUGCUUUGACAUACAUCACAGAGAAGACAAACUUUCGCGACGGAAAAGGCAAGGUAUACAUGACACAUCCAACAAAAGCUGUUCACAAGUUCAUGAUGCAAGACUAUGUUCGCAUGGGCUCUUCAACGUCCGAUGCGUUGUUCUCUCCUUUGGAUAUGACUAUGUCUCUGGCAUCUAUUAUUCCGGUUUCAGCCCAUCAACUAAUAACGAUUUGCCCUGGUGUUUCCUUCACACCAUAUCACGCUGGUCACGUCCUGGGGGCUUGCAUGUUUCUCAUUGACAUUGCCGGUUUGAAGAUACUCUACACUGGAGAUUACUCGCGGGAGGAAGAUCGACAUCUUGUCAAAGCUGAACUGCCACCAGUGCGACCUGAUGUUCUCAUUGUAGAAAGUACGUAUGGUGUUCAAAGCUUGGAAGGUCGGGAAGAGAAGGAACAACGUUUCACAAAUCUGGUUCAUUCCGUCAUUCGUCGAGGUGGCCAUGUUCUCCUCCCAGCAUUUGCUCUCGGCCGAGCGCAGGAGCUUCUUCUUAUCUUGGACGAAUACUGGAAGAAGCAUCCAGAUCUCCAUAACGUUCCCAUUUACUACGCUUCCAGUCUGGCCCGCAAGUGUAUGGCCGUGUACCAAACUUACAUUCAUACCAUGAAUAAUAACAUUCGUUCAAGAUUCGCCAAACGAGACAACCCUUUUGUUUUCAAGUGCAAGAAAAUCGCUGAAGGUCCUCCCUGCGUCGUCCUUGCCAGUCCAGGUUUUAUGCAAGUCGGACCGAGCCGGGAACUGUUUGAACUUUGGGCUCCCGACGCUCGAAAUGGCCUGAUCAUUACUGGAUACUCGAUUGAGGGAACUUUAGCCAGGGACAUUAUGACUGAGCCUGAAGAAUUCACUUCACUGAAAGGCGCGACGAUACCGAGGAAGAUCUCCGUUGACUACGUUUCGUUCAGUGCUCACGUCGACUACUCACAAAACUCUGAAUUCAUUGAAUUGGUCAAAGCCCAGCAUGUGGUUUUGGUUCAUGGCGAGCAGACAGCGAUGGGUCGACUGCGCGGGGCUAUGACAUCUCGGUUCAAAGAAAGAGACGAGGAUGUGAAGAUUCAUACACCUCGUAACCUUGAGACCCUACAACUAUCUUUCCGUGGAGAACGAGUGGCCAAGGCCAUUGGUACUUUGGCGGACAAACCUCCUCAGACAAACGACUUACUCUCCGGAUUACUGGUUGCUAAAGAUUACUCAUACACUCUUCUUGACCCUCGUGACCUGCGCGAUUUCGCUGGUCUUUCAACAUGCACGGUUACGCAACGGCAAAAAAUUAUCGUUGGCGUGCGAUGGGAUUUAAUCCGGUGGCACCUAGAAGGGAUGUACGGGUCUGUGGAGGAAGGUUUGAGCGCUGACGGUGUUGCCACCAUGCGGGUCAUGGGCGUUGUGGAUGUGAAGCAAAGCCAAGAACACGAACUAACUCUGGAAUGGGAAUCAAGUGCAAGUAACGAUAUGGUGGCGGACUCUACACUGGCCCUGAUUACUGGUAUCGACAAAAGUCCUGCAUCGGUAAAACUGACUACACAACCUCAUUCGCAUUCGCAUUCACAUUCGCAUUCUCAUCCGCACGCCGACCCGGAAGGCGACGCAGCGGGAGUGAUACGUAUCAGACGCCUCGCCCUAUUUUUGGAGGCACAUUUUGGCGAAGUCGAGCUUCACGUGCCUGAUGAUCCGGAAGAAGAACCAGAACAAGGCGAAAACGACCGCGAAGCAUCCUUGUUGGUCGUCCGGCUUGACGAAGCGAUUGCGCAAAUUGAUCUGUUGUCAUUAGUGGUUACCAGCACAAACGAGGCCCUGAGAAAACGAGUGGAAGCCGUUCUAGAUAUGGCAGUGACGACGGUGAGCUCACUGACUGAAUCUUUCUUUUCCGGUGCCCCCGUCCAGAGCCCGGAUUAUUCGUUGAAGGAGAAGGAAGUGGGGAUGAUGGAAGCCUCUUCGGAAGGAAGUGCUAUGGAUGUUGUAUCGAAACCUGAGGCUCAAGGAGACACCGGUGGUGGUCAAGCACUAAAAGGAGACGCUGAAGGUGGGGAGAGUGAGGAGUCUGAUUUUGAAUUGGAGGUCCAUACGUAGUUCCAGUGGCUUUUUUAUGUAGUACCUCGUUUAGGAUAUGAAUGGUUCAAUU